CGCGCAGGCCCAUCCCCGAGCGACCGCGGGAAAACUCCAAAUACGUCAAAACAAUAAAGCCAUCGGGAGGCUACGCCAAGUUUUCAAGCCACAAAAGCCGGGCGGUAGCUUCUUUUCCGCCGCGGCUAACUCUGCUGAGGCAGCUCUGGGUGAGGACCACCCGGGGAGGCUUCCUGCUGGGGCAGGGAAGACUCGCGAGAACGCGCUCCCGAAGGCCUUGGGGUCUGAGGCGGGAAGGCUGCUGUGAAGGGACACUGCUGUUCUCAGAGAUGGCUCAGGACUCUGAAGACCUUGUCUCUGACUAUCAAUUUUGGCUGCAGAAGCUUUCUGUAUGGGAACAGGCCUCCUCCAAAGAAACCCAGCAGGAUACCUGUCUCUACCUGUCCCGGUUCCAGGAGUUCCUGAGGCGGAUGUAUGAAAUCUUGAAGGAGAUGGAUUCUGAUGCAAUUCUGGAAAGGUUCCCCACAGUUGGUCAACUGUUGGCAAAAACUUGCUGGAAUCCUCUCAUCUUAGCACAUGAUGAAAGCCAAAAAAUUCUAAUAUGGUGCUUAUGUUGUCUGAUGAACAAAGUACCACGGACCCCUGGAGAGUCAGAACUUAACUCAUGGAUCCGGGGUUUGUUAUCUUAUGUCCUUUCUGCAUUCAGAUUCGACAUGAAAGAAGUUGGUCUUUUUACCAAAAGUCUUGGAUUUGAACCCAUUGAUUACUAUCCUAGUUUACUUAAAAAUAUGGUUUUGUCAUUAGUGUCUGAGCUCAGAGAGAGUCAUCUUAAUGGAUUGAACACUCAAAGUCGGAUGGCUCCCGAGCACAUAAUGUCCCUGUCACAAGUGUGUGUCCCUCUUGUUACUCUGCCUGAUUUUGAACCCCUGGUAGAGGCUCUACUCACCUACCAUGGACAUGAACCUCAGGAAGUCCUCUCGCCUGAGUUCUUCGAAGCUGCAAAUGAGGCCUUCUUGUCGAAAAAAAUUAUUCUUUCCACGUCCUCUGUGGUCAGCCUCUGGUUUCGGCAUUUCCCCAGUCUCGAAAAAGCAACACUACAUCUUUUUGAAAAGCUGUUCUCCAGCAAGAGAAAUUGCCUGAGAGGGAUGGAGUGCUGUAUAAAAGAGUCAUUACUGCCUCAAGCAGCCUGCCACCCUGCCAUCUUCAGAAUUGUUGAUGAAAUGUUCAGGUCUGUGCUGCUGGAGACUGAUGGAGCCCCAGAAGUUCUAGCUGCUCUGCAGGUAUUCACAUUGUGCUUGGCAGAAGCUCUGGAAAAAGAAAACAAGCAGCUGAAGUUUGCCCUCAAGACCUACUUUCCUUACGGUGCUCCAUCUCUUACUGCAGCGCUGUCCCAGCACCCUGAAGCUAUCCCACAGGGACAUCGGCUCCAGCCUCUGCUGCACAUUUCCCAACUCCUCAGAGAAGCAAUUGAAGACAGUACUCAUGGGUCCCAGCGAGGUCCCUUUGAGAGCUGGUUUUUGUUUGUUCACUUUGGAGGAUGGGUUGAUCUGGCCAUGGAACAGUUGCUGAGGAAGGAAGCUGAGCCCCCUGCAGGCCUGCUGUGGCUCUUGGUCUUCUAUUACAGUCCACAGGAUGGGAGUCAGCAGAGAGAGCGGAGCAUGGUGGCGCUAAAGGAAUUGCUCAACCGUCUCCUGAUGCUGCUCGGAAGUGGCCCCCUCUCAGCUGUCGAUCUGCAGGAAGCAGCUGAGAGUCCCAGUCCACCGAUCUGUGCACAGCUCGUCAGAUGCCUUCUUCUCAGCCUUUUGCUAUGGACCCCAGAAGGCCAUGCCAGUGCCCGGGAAGCCAUCACCCGUAUGGUGCACACGGAUGCUGCAGCCCAUGAGAUUGUUGGCUUUCUUGACCAGACCUUGUUCAGAUCCGAUCAUCUUUGUGAUGAAGCCUCAAGAAAACUGGCCAGAGAGCUCCUUCAGGAGCUGCAAGCUCAGGUCUAGCAGGCAGCACAGAAUGUGUGGACUUUGCAUGGGCAUCUGUCUGGUGAAGCUCCGACCCUGGAGGCCCUGUCUGACUUGAGCACACCUGUGUCUAUGCAUGCUGUGCAGCCUGGCCGAGGGGAUCCAUGAGAGUUAUGAAGGGAAAGGUCCAUACCACCCAGAGCGUUCCAGUCUUACAUGAUGAGAGCCAUCCAUCCGUGCCUGGUUUACUGACUCCUUUAUCCAACCAAGCUGAUAAAGGUGCCAGUGAUGGUGGAGGGAUGCUCAGCAGCAGGAGAGGUGAGCCCUGCAGCACACAGGUGAGCACCUCCCUUAGUAGGGACUAUUGCCCAGCAAGGCCUUUGUUACUCAGUGCAGAAACGCUGUAAGGCACCCACUGAGGUGGCGGGACAGAGGUGGCCAGAAAAGGGUCAUUACUUCCUCCUCCAGCAAACGCCCAAAAAAAUCUGCUUCUUGGGUGACCCAUGUAGAGUAAACAGGAUUUGGGAACUGAAAACUAGCCUGUCCUCCUCUACUCGCUGUGGAUGGGGAUGCUGAGCACGUCUGUAAGCUGUCUAGUGAGACUGUAUACAAGUAAGCAGUGUGUGAGCAGAGAAAGCCACCAAGCUGUGAUCCUCCUGUAGAUUUGCUACGAGAACCCUCUUCCCAAGUGCAGGUCAGCUUCAACUCUCAGAACAUAGGAGUACACUCAUAGGACGCCAUUUGAUUGCUACAUUUACAGGGUCACUUAGAAGCACGGUGGGAAAGUUGUGAAGGGCCCUGGCUUUUCCCUUGCAUUUACUCAUUCAGGCUCUCAAGCAGCAGCCAGGGCAACACUGACCAGCCUGUGCUUGCUGGAUCCCUGGUGAUGGGUCCACGGGAAGAUGGGGCUGGACUUUUUAGCUUUUUCACUCUAAAUAAAAAGAACUUAAUUUUUUAUUUAAUUAUCCCCCCCCCCCAUAAAAAAAAAAAAAGAAAGAAAGCUUCCCCUCCUACCUGUGGAAGCUUCAGGUCCCACAAAACUUGGCUUGGAAAAGACCAUUUCUGACUUACCUCUGGACAAGCUGGGGUUCUGUCACCAAAGAAGGGAGAAUGUCCAGAGGACAGGUAGAUAGGAGCACUCAGUUGUUUCCUGUAAGCUAAACUUAAUUAUGACCGCACUUCUCUCUGACAAAGUAGCUGAGGUACUUUCCAUUCUGAAUGGGAAGAACAGCGUACACACUGCCAUUCUUUCUCCCUGUGUGUUCACACAUUUGUGUCCCGCAGCAGUCAGGAAGAGAAGAGAUUAUGUGUACUCUGCUUCCCUAGGACCCAGCCCACUCAGUAUGCAGAUGCUGAGUGGUUGGCAAGGACCCUUCUUGGCCAAGGAGCCCAGAACUGCAGUUGGAGAAAGAUGAGAGAUGAGUGUCCCUUCCUCUCUCUCUCUCCCCCUCUCUUUCCAUCCAGAAUAUGGUCCUGCUCCUAGCUGGAUACUGGAUUUGAACACGAAGUCUUUUUAUCACAAAGCCAUUUCACAAACCCCAAUCCAAAAUUAAGCAAAAUAAACUCCUUACAGAAACCAGACUCACAUUUAUUCCAGGCCAUGUGCCAACUUUCGAGUGCACAGGUCCUAGAAACAGCAUGGUUAAGGAGUUACUACUCCAUCCAGAAUCCAGCUGUAGCUACUUAACUGGAAGAACGUAAGAUGGACAGUCAGGUGGGCUCUAUACACCUGUGUCUCCGGCCGAUGACUGGUGAUUAGAUGUGCUGCAUACAAAUAACAGUGCCACUUGGUUUUACAAAGGAAGAGGGCUGGGGAGACGACAGUUGAGCAGGUAGAGGUGCUGCAGGCCUGGCCACUGGAGUACCGCCCCAGAGCCCACAUAAAGGUAGAAGAGACCCAGACCACUUUGUUGUCCUCUGAUCUCACGUUUACACCAUGUUCAUGCCCAACAUUAUGCAUAAUAGUUAUACAUACAAAUUUUUAAUUUAAAAAUAAAUUCAAAAUAAAUUCUUACAGGCUACAACAUGGAAGCUGCUAUGCUAAGCUAGACCAGCCAGCCAGAUGCAAAAGAACAUUGUAAAAUGCACAUACGAUCCUUAGAACAGAAAGAUUCAUGACAGCCUGGUGAUUCCAUGGGAGAGCAGGGAUGGGGUUAGUGUCCGAUGGGUACAAAGGAGUCUGUCGGGGAAGAGAAAGUUCAGAAUACAGAUGGCGGCAGUCACACAGCGAUGAGAUAGCACUGACGUUUGCUCUCAAGACACCAAGGCAGUGAAUUCUCUGCUGUGAAUAUUUUGCCACAAUAAAACCACUAAAAUCUAAA